AUGGCACAUACAAUUUCCUAUAAAAGCACUUGUCAGCACAAUGAUGCGCUGAAAUCAGCUUCUCGACCCUUCAUUCGCAACUGCGGCAAUGGAUGUACUGAAUACAAAUUGCUCAUCGUCACCGAUCUCGAUAGGGCUUCAAAAGCUGGUAAUUGGACAUGGAGAGCUAUUACCCGGCAAGGUCUUCUGAAGUUGGAUAUUCAUCCUAAGCCUCACGUCACCAACAAGAACUGGAUUGGUAUCUACAACAAAAUGAAGGCUUCNUACCUAACACAUGAAGCCGUUCAGUGGUCAGCGAGACGAGGACGUUGGUUCUUCUUACCCAGAAAAGCGUCGAACACUCCCUAUAAUGAAACAGUGGAUGAAAAGAGUUCUACAAAUCUCGACCGAUUCGAGUACAAAACGGUUGGUAAAGUUGUUCCUGAACGCGGAUACUCGGCUUUCGCCUUCAUUCCUGACACGAACGAUGAUCUUAUUGUCGCCUUGAAGUCGAAGGAAGUGGGUGAUUCCACGGCCACAUAUAUAACUGUAUUCAAUAUCGAGGGUCAGGUUAUUCUUCAAGAUGAGGAACUCAGUGGUGAUUACAAGUUUGAAGGAUUGUACUUCCUUUGA